UAUCCCCAGUGUCCCCUCUAUCCCCCGUGUCCCCUCUAUCCCCAGUGUCCCCGUGUCCCCUGGCCAUGCCCGAGGCCGUGCACUACAUCCACCUGCACAACUUCAGCCGCUCCCUGCUGGAGACGCUCAACGGGCAGCGGGUGUCGGGCCAGUUCUGCGACGUCACCGUGCGCAUCCGCGAGGCGUCCCUGCGCGCCCACCGCUGCGUGCUGGCCGCUGGCAGCCCCUUCUUCCACGACAAGCUGCUGCUGGGCCACUCGGCCAUCGAGGUGCCGCCCGUGGUGCCCUCGGCCGCCGUGCGCCAGCUGGUGGAGUUCCUGUACAGCGGCAGCCUGGUGGUGGCCCAGUCCGAGGCGCUGCACAUCCUCACGGCCGCCUCCGUGCUGCAGAUCAAGACGGUCAUCGACGAGUGCACGCAGAUCAUCUCGCAGGGACGGGGCCCCCACAAGGCGCCGGGGACCCGGGCCCCCCCACGGCCCCCAACCCCCCUACCAGUGCGGGCACUGCCAGAAGAGCUUCAGCUCCCGCAAGAACUACACCAAGCACAUGUUCAUCCACUCAGUAUUGAUCCAUGUCGGCCACUGCCCCACCUCUCGGCAGGCGAGAAGCCCCACCAGUGCUCCAUCUGCUGGCGCUCCUUCUCCCUCCGCGACUACCUGCUCAAGCACAUGGUGACCCACACGGGCGUCCGCGCCUUCCAGUGCGGAGUCUGCUGCAAGCGCUUCACCCAGAAGAGCUCCCUCAACGUCCACAUGCGCACGCACCGCCCCGAGCGCUUCCAGUGCCGCCUCUGCACCAAGGGCUUCUCCCACCGCACCCUCCUGGAACGCCACGCUGCCGCCUCCCACCCUGUGCCCCCGCCGGGGCCGCUGCUGGCACCGCCACCGGGGCCACCGCCUGGGCCGCCACUGGGGCCACCGCCUGGGCCACCACCGGGGCCGCCACCGGGGCUGCCACCGGGGCCACCACCUGGGCUGCCACCUGGGCCGCCACCUGAACGUUCUGGAACUGAGCUGGGCACAGGGAGUGGACAGAUGGACCACGCUGUGAAUCCAGAGGAGGCUGUGGAGAUGCUCAGAGGGCUGGACAGAGUUGAAGUGUCCCACCUGGAGAAGGGAGGAUCCAGGAACACCUGA